AUGGCAACCAAGCGCUCAGACAACAUUGACGGUGCUCCUGCAAAGCGCCAGAAAACAUCUGGCGAGAUGGACCCUCGAAAUAAUCCAUAUCUCGCUCAUCACUAUGAGAACAACACCAACGGCUACUCGAACGGCGCUUCAACGCCCCCAAUCGUCAAAGAUGGGCCUCUCUCCAAACUCCAGCGACAUAAGACGACCGCCGCACAAGCUCGAGAAGCCGAAGAUGGCAAAAUCAGCCCUUUCACAGGUCGCUCUCAUUCCGAUAGAUAUUUCUCCAUCUUGCGCACCAGAAGAGAUCUGCCUGUCCACGCGCAGCGAGACGAAUUCCUCCAAUUGUACCAGAAGUCGCAAAUCCUUGUCUUUGUGGGCGAGACGGGCUCAGGCAAGACCACACAGAUUCCGCAGUUUGUCAUCUACGACGACUUGCCUCAGCGAGAAAAGAAACUGGUUGCUUGCACCCAGCCUCGGCGAGUCGCUGCCAUGUCGGUGGCGGAGCGUGUCGCAAACGAGAUGGAUGUCAAACUCGGUGAAGAAGUGGGUUACAGCAUACGAUUUGAGGAUAUGACCAGCCAAAAGACCAUUCUCAAGUACAUGACAGACGGGAUGCUGUUGAGAGAAGCCAUGAACGAUCACGACCUCAAAAGAUAUUCCACCAUAAUUCUUGAUGAGGCCCACGAGCGAACAUUGGCCACCGAUGUGUUGAUGGGUCUACUGAAGGAGGUCGUGCAGCGUAGACCAGAUCUCAAGUUGAUCAUCAUGUCUGCCACCCUUGAUGCUCAAAAAUUUCAGCGCUACUUCAACGACGCACCUCUACUUGCCGUCCCGGGACGAACUUUUCCCGUUGAAAUCUUCUACACGCCCGAGCCUGAGCGCGAUUAUGUGGAGGCUGCGAUCAGGACUGUCUUGCAGAUCCAUGCCACAGAACCUGAAGGAGACAUCUUGCUCUUCUUGACUGGUGAAGAAGAGAUUGAAGAUGCAUGCCGCAAGAUCUCGCUAGAAGCAGACGAGAUGAUUCGAGAGGCUGACGCCGGUCCAAUGAAGGUCUAUCCCCUGUACGGCACGUUGCCUCCUGCUCAGCAGCAGAAGAUCUUCGAGCCAGCGCCACCGCCUCGCAAACAGGGCGGCCGUGCAGGGCGCAAGUGUAUCGUCGCCACCAACAUCGCUGAAACGUCCCUGACAAUCGACGGCAUUGUGUAUGUGGUUGAUCCAGGCUUCUCCAAGCAAAAGGUGUAUAACCCACGCAUUAGAGUCGAGUCCCUGCUGGUUUCGCCGAUCUCGAAGGCUUCCGCUCAACAGAGAGCUGGUCGUGCCGGUCGUACCCGGCCUGGAAAGUGUUUCCGACUCUACACCGAAGGUGCAUUCAAAAAGGAACUGAUUGAGCAGACGUAUCCGGAAGUCCUCAGAUCCAACCUCUCAUCGACUGUUCUGGAGCUGAAGAAGCUUGGAGUUGACGACUUGGUCCAUUUUGACCUAAUGGACCCUCCGGCCCCUGAAACUUUGAUGCGGGCAUUGGAGGAGCUGAAUUAUCUUGCAUGCUUGGACGAUGACGGCAACUUGACGACCAUGGGUAGACUCGCAUCUGAAUUUCCCCUGGAUCCAGCCCUUGCGGUCAUGCUCAUCUCCUCACCAGAGUUUUACUGCUCCAAUGAGAUUCUGAGCUUGACAGCUCUGCUGUCGGUCCCGCAGAUAUUCGUGCGACCCGCAUCAGCUCGAAAACGUGCAGAUGAAAUGAAGGCCCUCUUUGCUCAUCCUGACGGCGAUCAUCUGACAAUGCUGAAUGUCUACCACGCUUUCAAGGGUCCUGACGCACAGGCCAACCCACGACAAUGGUGCCACGACCACUUCUUGAGUCUUCGUGCUCUGCAGUCUGCCGACAACGUCCGGAUGCAACUGAAGCGUAUUAUGGAGCGGGAAGAGUUGGAGUUGAUGUCCACGCCAUUCGAGGACAAGAAGUACUACGAAAACAUUCGGCGUGCCCUGGUGUCAGGAUUUUUCAUGCAAGUGGCUAAGAAGGAGGCCAAUGGCAAAACCUACACUACCGUCAAGGAUAACCAGACGGUUCUUUUGCAUCCAAGUACGGUCCUCGGCCAGGAGAGUGAGUGGGUUGUCUACAAUGAGUUCGUUCUCACGAGCAAGAACUACGUGCGGACGGUCACAAGUGUGCGUGGCGAGUGGUUGCUCGACAUCGCACCGGGUUAUUACGACAUAGACAGUUUUCCAAAGGGCGAAGUCAAGACCGCUCUUCAAAGACUCCAAGAGAGGGUGGCUCGACGCCAAAAGAUGAAGGGUGGAAGAUAG